AUGGAAAAAGAAAAAAUUAAGCCUGCCCCAGUAGAACGCGUGGAGCUCAUUGUCCCCCAGCGGCACGUCAAGCGCGUCAAGACAGCUCUGGAACAACGCAUGCUGCUGAACAAAAAGAGAGGAAUCGCACACCAAUACGAUGCUGAAACAUGGGAGUCAGCGAGCGAACAAUACAUGAGAAUCUCUACGAAUAUAGUGAUUGCUCUAAUAGACAGCAUAGAAGCCCAGAAUCCUGUGCCACCGGAAUACACAUACAAGUCCACGUUCGAAUUAUUGGGCCUAGAGGAUAUCAAGGGGGAGAUAGAGGCAAAAUCAUAUGCUGUGCCGCCGGAAGACUAUGAACCCUGGAGAAGAAAUCCCUUUCUUAGAGCUGUGAAAGAUAGCCUUGGCGCUUUGCCGCCAGAGCUAUUGUAUUCUCUACGUGCCUCAAUCGACGUGUUAAUCUCCGACUUCCCAUCCUCCUACACGAUAUACCGGCCUAUGCUCCUCCUACCUCGCAACGACUUCACUUCAUUGUACGGGAGCACCCUCAGUAAAGCGCUGUUGCUUCAUUCGCCCGACUUCCAGCCGUUCUGGGAGCGUGUCGCCGCCGCCGUUGGGGUAACGCACAUCGCCAUCAACGCUGGGAUACCUCUGCAAGCUACACCCUUUGAUUCGGUGGUCAAGAAUGUGGACGGAACCCCGAUUGAGAACAUAUUCCGCAGCCCAAUAGACCUCACGCCAAUAUAUGGCUUUUUUGGUCCUCCGCCCUCCGCUCAAACCCUUUCCGCACCCACUGCCACUGACUUCGACACUGCUCUCUGGGUCACGUCCAUGCAGAAUGGAAUCCAUCAAACCUGGGCUCCACUGUAUACCAUGUUCAGCCGCGGAAACAUUCGCGAAAAGACGCGUCUCCUGAAUCUACCCUCCGUGACUACUUCCGUUGCAGAGCCUCGGGGAUGCACAGCCGUUGAUCUUUACGCGGGCAUUGGCUACUUUGUCUUUUCGUACAAAAAAGCCAGCGUCAGUAAGGUGCUCUGCUGGGAGCUGAAUCCAUGGAGCAUUGAAGGGCUGCAUCGUGGUGCAAAGCUAAACGGGUGGCGGACGCAGGUCGUUGAGAGUAACAAUUUUCUAUCGCAACCUCUCAGCGAAAACACCGAUGUGAUUAUCUUCCCGCACUCGAAUGAGUACGCACUUGACGACCUUGCGCAAAUGCAACGCGUGACGGACCUACCACCGAUCCGACACGUCAAUUGCGGGUUCCUGCCCUCUUCGAAUCUCUCAUGGAGGAACGCAGUGCGCAUGCUCGAUCGAGAGCUGGGUGGCUGGAUCCACGCGCAUGAGAACGUCGGAGUAAACGAUAUCGAGAAGAGGAAAGCGGAGGUGGUGAGGGAGAUGGAAGGGCACUUGGACUUCGCUGGACUACGGGGCGAAGUGAGGUGCGAACAUGUGGAGAAGGUGAAAACAUAUGCGCCGGGCGUGUUGCACGUUGUGUUCGAUAUCUGGAUUGGUAGGAUCGAAAGCCUCGCGAUAUCUUGA